AUGAAGGUUAUCCGCAAGUCCGACAUGCUUCGCAAUUGUCAAGAGGGUCACCUGCGUGCUGAGAGGGAUUUCCUGGUUGCUUCAGAGUCCUCUCAGUGGGUUGUACCACUUGUCGCUAGCUUUCAAGACAAUAGCCACCUCUACCUCGUAAUGGAUUACAUGGUAGGUGGCGACUUUCUCACACUUCUCCUCCGAGAGGAUAUCCUGGACGAAGAAAGCGCCAGAUGGUACAUCGCGGAGAUGAUUCUGUGUGUUGAAGAAGCACACAAGAUGAAGUGGAUCCAUCGUGAUGUCAAGCCAGACAACUUUCUCAUCACCGCUUCGGGUCAUCUCAAAAUAUCUGAUUUUGGCCUUGCUUUUGACGGUCACUGGGCUCACAACCAGACUUACUUCAAUGACAAGCGAUGGACUCUGCUUCAGAAGUUUGGUAUCAAUGUCAGAGGGGAUAAACAAGACGAAGACGAAGAACUAAAAGCAGCGAACGCACACAGACUGAGUAACGCUAUGAGCUCUUCGGACUCCGGUCGACAUAACCCAUUCAAGAGGCCUUUAAAACAUCCACUCGAUAAUCAGGAAAAGGAAAGAGAUCCAGUAGCAUGGCUUGACCGUACACAAAAACGAAAAUUUGCCAGGAGUGUGGUUGGCACCAGUCAAUAUAUGGCGCCAGAGGUCAUCAGAGGUGAGGCAUAUGACGGUCGUUGCGACUGGUGGAGCAUUGGUAUCAUCCUAUACGAAUGCCUCUACGGCUGCACGCCUUUCUUCUGUGAGGAUCGCGCCAACACUAAGGCAAAGAUUCUCAAUCACCACACCAACCUCCAGUUUCCUGGUGAUCGGCGUUUUGGCGGCCCCAUGAACGGCCGUCGUGAGCUCUCGCCCGUUUCUCGAAUUGCCAUCGAUCUUAUGCACCAUCUCAUUGCUGACAAAGAAUGGCGCCUUUCUUCUCCGCGCUAUCGCAACAACGAUUCACCACAUGGAGACUCUCAUCACCCGUACUUUCCUCGCGCUUUUGGUUCUCGCAGCUCGCCAAAAUCCCACUUCUCUUCGGCACAGGGCCUAGGGCAUCCCGGUAUAAUCAGGCGGAAUGGAGAAUGCCGAAACCAAUACUUCGUCUUCCCCAAUGAUGCUGAAGACAUUAAACGGCACAUAUUCUUCCGUGAUAUCGAUUGGCAGCACAUCCACAUGCAGACACCUCCGUUUGUGCCCCACAUCAAAAGACCCAAGGAUUUAGACAGGUACUUUGACGACGAAAAGGAAAUAUUGGGAGAGACAGACAGGCUCAGCCGUACAAGCUCGUCUUCGACUCUGCAUUCGAACAUCAAUCACGCCGACAUAGCUGAGCCGCUAUUUGACGGCGGUGGUGAUAAUAAUGGAGGUAGCGAGGUGAGGCUUAUACAGGAAGCAACGCGUGGAGCCAAAAAAGAGAAGAAGAGGCCACGUGAUAAGCUAUUGAGGGAUCCGGCUGUUGCGAAGACGGUGCUUGAGGCGAGGAAGAAAGGUGCUUUUGUGGGAUAUACUUACCGACGGCCAAAGGAGAUUAGUAGAAUUGGCGUUAUGGGGUAGAUUGGCUAGUGGUGAAGAGAGUUCCUGGGUGGGCCAUGGCAACGGUGUAUUCUUAAAGAGUGUGGGUGAAAGAGGAAUGGAC